GGCCGUGAUUGGCCACCGACCACCUUCCCUGUCUCUACCAAUAAUAUUAUAAAAAUAUUACACUGCAAAAGUCUGACUCUGGAAUCCGGGCUUCAAUGGCGGGGAUGAGAAAGAAAAAUAAUAGGAGGAAAGAAAAUAAUUCCAUAAUGCUGUCGAGUCUUCCUCGAUCAAUCUUUCAUUCUGCUCAUUGAUCAAUUCGAGACUUCCGAGAACUGGUCUCAGAUCCCAACGCCAUACUAUAUAUCUCUACAUACCAAUCGCAUUUUUGUCUUUGAGUUGUUCCAAAUAUCCCUUUCACGUCCUUUUUUUCAUCGUUUCAUCUCCGGCAAAAACAACAGCCCACAACAAGAAGAAGAAAGGAAAAAUGCCUCAAGGUGUUCUUGAAGUCCUUCUCGUCAGCGCCAAGGGCCUGGAGAACACUGAUUUCCUCAAUAACAUGGACCCUUACGUGAUCCUGACUUGCCGCACCCAUGAGCAGAAAAGCAGCGUCGCUUCAGGAAAGGGGAGCGAGCCGGAGUGGAACGAGAAUUUUGUGUUUACAGUAUCAGAAGGAACCAGCCAGCUCUGCUUCAAAAUCAUGGACAGUGAUGCUGGCACUGCCGAUGAUUUUGUAGGCGACGCCACAAUUCCAUUAGAUGCAGUGUUUGAUGAAGGAAGCAUCCCCCCAACAUCAUACAAUGUAAUUAAGGAUGGUGAAUACAAAGGCUCCAUCAGGGUUGGCCUCACAUUCAAAAGAGAGGAACACCGAAGCCGCGGAUUUGAAGAAGAGAGCUUUGGAGGAUGGAAGCAGUCUGAAGCAUCAUACUGAGAAUAAUGGAUUUGGGAGAGUCAUAUCAGCUUUGGAGUUGGUGGGUUUUGUGUGUGCUCUAUUGGGAUGAAUGUGUCUUAGUGUCAAUAAGAAUUGGUGUUUCAACAACGAAAUGUAGCAUAUCAAACAUUUGCCUGCUUUCAGUUAAUGUAUGUUGCCCUGUUCAUGCUUGUUACUACUGAAUACCUUUCUGCGGCAUCUUAAAUCUAGGUCAAUGAUAAUUUUCAGAAGAGCACACAAGGAAUGAAGAAACAUAUUCUCAAAUAAGUUCCACGCAUGCUACCAAUAAAGUAUCCAUCGA